AUGAAAAAGGUGCCCGCAGGCGCCAUAAUACCAUCCAACCUCCCGUCGGCACUCACCACGCCGCUCUUCACCUUUUCCUCAGUCACGCAGUUUCUUAUACCCACGCAACAGUUCUGUGACCGUCUUAUCACUUUCUGCAUCAACCAUCACCGCGUCAUCGGAUACCCUGUUUGCAUAAGAGAGGGGAAAUAUAGCAGGAAUGAGUUCAUAUUCAACUUCGCAAUUGUAAUAGGCGAAAAUGAGCGCGAUUGGGCGUGCUACGGUGAGGUAGUGAGGAAGUUGGGACGCUUGUUGAGAGGACUGGAAGAGCAGGGCGGUUUCUUGUCAAGGGAAGAGGAGGGCAUUUGGGAAGACGAAGGAGGGAAUAUUGGGUGGGGAACGGAUGACGGCGUUGGUGGUUUUGGAAUAGGCGGCGGAAGCAAAGUGUAUGCGCUGUGCGAGAUGGUACUUGAGGACCUGAAUAACUACGCCGAGUGCAUGAUACCAAUUGAUGACUCGAAUACGAUCAAUUUGAAACUGUUUCCUACGCGGCCGCCUCCUCCACCUAUCCUCGCGCAUCAAGUGCCUUUGCUCACCAUUUCUCUCUCAAGUCUUCAGCAGCCCGUAUCUUCGGACCUUACUCUCAACCGAAUCCUUCCAUAUAUCAACGGUGUCAACUCGAUAGCCCACAUUGCGCAACUCGCCGACACCGAUCUUUCCUUGACUAGGCGAGCUAUUCAACAUCUAGUAUACUACGGAUGCUUAAUACUCUUGGAUAUCUUCAGCUUCAGCGCCAUCUAUGCGCCAACAGCGGAGAUUGGCGGUUUCAUUGUGGACGCAGAGGUCAAGGAAGAAUGCAUGCGCUACGUCAGCGUGCCGAAAACGAGGCUGGGUUCCAAUGCGAAGACGUCCCGGAUGGACAGUGAGGUUUCUGAGACGAGCAGAGACGAGCGUAGCUCGACAUCGUCUUUGUCAUCGCAACAAAGCGGGACUGUGGGGUCUACCCUUAAGAUCUCAGAGUUCGAUGCUCACGUCGCGGCGCAAAAGAAGGAAGAGGAAGAAGAAAAUGUAUGGCAGACAAACCAUGAGACGUUGAUAACGCUAUACACAUCGCUGCGCCAAGGUCUGACUCUGAAAAACUGGGUGCUGGAGAAUCUGGACUUGCUCCACGGCAUUGACGUACGCCGCUUCAUUACCUUCGGCAUCAUCAAAGGUUUCCUCUACCGUGUACACAAACAAGCGCCGCGACAUCCCUCGCAAACCCUCGAGACUCAGACACCACGACGAUCCGUGGCCAUGAACGCAUGCAUCACUCCUCUCAACCAAGCCUCCUGA